GAAAGAGUGGAAAAAAAGAAGAGGAAAGGAAAAGAAAAAAGAGAAAAAAGAAAGAAAGAAAUCUAAGAAAACAAAGAGAAAAGAAUAAAGAAACCAAAGAGAAGAGCGAAAAGAAAGAAGAGAGAAAAAAGAAAGAAAAAAGAGAAAACCGAAAAAAAAAG